UUUGCUCAAGGUGAGAGCCAAUAGCCUUUAGAGCAUAGGAGUGUGUUUGCAGGGUAUAGGCAAAAUAGAAUCUAUAAGGAACCACAUGAUAUAUAGAAAGUGGCAGAUAAGAAGUACUCUGUUGAAAGAUGAGUUUUUAGAUCCUAAUAGAAAUAGAGGACAUGCUAUUCUCUAUAAAGUCUUUCUACCCUCAUUAAACUAGAAAUUACAUGAAGACAAGGAUCAUGUCACCUCUGUUCAACACUGCACAACCAGUGAAACACAGUGAAUACUCAAUAGAUAAUUGUUAAAUGAGUGAAUGAAGUCACCUAGACACAGAAGCUAAGGAGACUUGAGCCUUUUUAAUAGGAUAGCAUGUCUUAAAGUCCCUGGAUAGCUUCUUGUCUAGUUCAACCAUAAGGUCACCCUGUAUUUAGGAAGACUUAAAAAAAAAGAAAGCAACUUCAUUUCCUUAGGACCCACAGCAGAGGAAAUGCCAAUUAGCUAAUAGCAGUAUCCUUGGCUUCCCUUUUUCAAAUUCUCCAAAAUCUCCUAGGCAGUGCUCAUGGGUGCCACUGUGGAGAGCAUUUGUCCUCAGACCUGAAUUGUAUGGUCAAUCUCCAGGAUAAACUUCCUUUGGGUUUCCCAGAACAGGUCCCCAUGUUGCUGUGGCCUUUGAUGCUGGUUCUAGCUCCUGUCAACGGACAGCUUGUAAGGACACACAAGUCCGUUAUUUCCCUCCAGCCUCCAUGGACCACAGUCUUCCAAGGAGAGAGAGUGACUCUGACUUGCAAGGAAUUUCACUUCUACUCACCACAGAAAACAAAAUGGUUCCGUUUGUACCUUGGGAAAGAAAUACCAAGAGAAACCCCAGCAAAUACCCUCGAGGUUCAAGAAUCUGGAGAGUACAGAUGCCAGGCCCGGGGCUCCUUGCUUAGUAGCCCUGUGCGCUUGGUCUUCUCUUCAGCUUCGCUGAUCCUGCAAGCUCCAGUUUCCGUGUUUGAAGGAGACUCCGUGGUUCUAAGGUGCCGGGCAAAGGUGGAAAUAACACUGAAUACUAUUUACAAGGAUGAUAAUAUCCUGGCAUUUCUUAAUAAAAGCUCUGACUUCCGGAUUCAUCAUGCAAGUCUCAAGAACAAUGGUGCAUAUCACUGUACAGGAUUUAAUAGAAGUAAUUUCCCUGUUUCUUCCAACAUAGUCAAAAUCCAAGUCCAAGAGCUGUUUUCACGUCCAGUGUUGAGAGCAAGCUCCUCCCAGCCCGUCAACGGGAGCCUAGUGACCCUGACCUGUGAGACCCAGCUCUCUCUAGAGAGGUCAGAUGUCCAGCUCCAGUUCCGCUUCUUCAGAGAUGGCCAGACCCUGGGAUUAGGCUGGACCAACUCCUCGAAGUUCCAGAUUACUGCCAUGAGGAGUGAAGAUUCAGGGUCCUUCUGGUGCGAGAUAGAUACCGCGGCUCACACCGUCAAAAAAGAAAGCCUGAGAUCCCAAAUUCGUGUACAGAAGCCUGUGCCCCUCCCACAGAUCCUGACUGAGUCAUCAUCCAUCACACCAGGCUGGUGCAACCUCACCGUGAAGUGUAGGGUUCUAGGGACCACAGAGGACCUGAAUGUAAUCUGGGAGACCCAGGGUCUCCCCAGGGAGCUGGAGCAGAGAGGGACACUAGGACCAGCCCCCAACUCAUGGACUUUGGCUGUGAGCCUGUCCCCGAGCCAGCGCAAUGCCAGCCUCACCUGUGUGGUCAGCAACAAUGUGGACCAGAAAACUGCCACCAAAGACCUUGGGGAAGUAUGUUGGGCUCAAAAAAGUGUCCAGCAAGAAAGAUUCAUCUGCUUCCCCUUUCACUUCAGUAACUCAACCAGCUUUAUGCAAAGAAGAAGCUUACUGAACUCACUGCCUAGUGCAGGUGUAGCCAAGUGCGACUUGGGCAAUCUGGGCUGGCCUGCCUUGUCUCUUCAGAUCUCCUCCUUCUCUGACCACCUGGAGCAGGCUUCCAUGCUGCUGUGGACGUCCUUGCUGGUCCUUGCUCCAGUCUGUGGCCAAUCUGCAGCUGCACACAAACCUGUGAUUUCCCUCCAUCCUCCAUGGACCACAGUCUUCAAAGGAGACAGAGUGGCUCUGACUUGCAAUGGAUUUCACUUCAAUGCAACAGAGAAAACAAAAUGGCAUCGUCUGAACGGUAGGGGAGAAACUUCGACCCUAACCCCAGGAAACACCCUCGAGGUUUGGCAAUCCGGAAAUUACAGAUGCCAGGCCGAGGGCUCCCCACAAAGUGACCCUGUGCGCUUGGUCUUUUCUUCAGUCUCCUUAAUCCUGCAGGCCCCAUAUUCUGUGUUUGAAGGUGACACAUUGGUUCUGAGAUGCAACAAAAGGAGGAACGAGAAAUUGACUGCUGUGAAAUACACUUGGAAUGAAAAAACUCUUUUCAAAUCUAAUAAAAGCUCGAAUCUUCUUAUCCCACAAGCAAGUUCAAAUAACAGUGGCAAUUAUCAAUGCUUUGGAUAUGGAGACAAAAAUGUAUUUAAAUCAAACAACAAAAUUAUUAAAAUUAAAGAACUAUUUCCACAUCCAGAGCUGAAAGUCACAGACUCUCAGCCUACAGAGGGGAGUUCUAUAAACCUGAGCUGUGAAACACAGCUUCCUCCAGAGCGGUCGGACACCCCACUUCACUUCAUCUUCUUCAGAGAUGACAGGGUCAUCCUGUCAAACUGGAGCAAGUCCCCGGAACUCCAGAUCCCAACCAUCUGGAGAGAAAACUCGGGAUCCUAUUGGUGCGGUGCUGAAACAGUGAUCGGUAGCGUCCACAAGCGUAGUCCCUCGCUACAGAUCCACGUGCAACGGAUCCCUGUGUCUGGGGUGCUCCUGGAGAGCCAGCCCUCAGGGGGCCAGGCGGUUGAAGGGGAGACACUGGUCCUUGUCUGCUCCAUGGCUGAAGGCACAGGGGACACCACUUUCUCCUGGCACCGAGAGGACACACAGGAGUGUCUGGGGAAGAAAAUUCAGCGUUCCCCAAGAGCAGAGCUGGAGCUCCCUGCCAUCAGAGAGAGCCACGCAGGGGGAUACUACUGUACAGCAGACAACAGCUACGGCCCUGUCCAGAGCGUGGUGCUGAACGUUACUGUGAGAGUGACUCCAGGCAACAGAGAUGGCCUUGUCACCGCGGGAGCCAUUGGGGGUCUGCUCGGCGCUCUUCUCCUGGCUGUGGUCCUGCUGUUUCACUGCUGGCGCCAGAGGAAGCCAGGAGAUCGUUUCUUGGGAGAUGAAACCAGUACAUCCCAAAGAGGAAGAUUUGAUAUACCCUGAGAUCCAGAUUAUUCGUCUGGGAGAAGAAGGGGAAGGUACGUCUCUGGGAAGAGGUUCUGGCUGCAAACCACAUUCAUUCAUUCAUUCAACAAAUAUUUACUGAGGACCUCCUAUGUGCUAGGUACUAUUGCAAGUAUUGGAAGUUGGCUAGCAAACAAAGCAGACAAAAAUCCCUGCAAAGGUGAGCUUAGAUUCUAAGGCGGAAAGAUAGACACUGAAAUACUGGUAUACUUUUGCGAUGAUCGGGAUGAAAAUUAAGCAUCCUUCUGAUAGAUACCGUGAUCACUAUAGUGUAUGUACUAAGGUCGCCCUCAGGUCUGGAUGAAUAAAUGUUUUUAAGAUGUCUACUAUGUGGUAGGCAUUGUGCUGAGAAUAUUUAUACAUAUAUAUCAUAUAUAUGUACAUACGCAUGGCAUUUUUAAAUUAAGAGCUGGAAACUGUGAUUUUUACAGUAUUGUAUUCCUCUAAUUACUGUCAAAUUUUAAAUUUUAUUUUGGAGCAAGUAAGUUAUUUGGAAUGAAUUGGAUUCUUUUGAGGCUUGCUUUUAAGCUUUAUAAGGGUGAGUCUCAAACAACCUUUACAGUAGGGUAAAUUCAGCCUGAUAGUAAAGCGAUGCAUUUCUGGGGAUUCUACAUCAGAUGGUCCAUGAAUUAGAUCUGCAUCAGCUUCUGGUAUUAUUUUGCCUCUUCUUUUCUGACGGUUCUUACCCUGGCCUAAGAUACUUUCCUCUUACAAAUAUGCCUAUCAGUAUUCAGCCGAAGACUUAAGGAGAACUCUCUGCAGACCUCUGGAGCUUUCAAUCUGCAUUCCUCCUGUCUCUCUGGUACUGUCCUGCAAGUUGUAGCUGCUUCAGUAAAACAGAAUUCUUGGUCUCUGUUGUUUCAAGUCAGGAAAGCUUCAAGCCAGAAGCCAGGCUCUGAACUCCCAGUCCAUGCACAGCUGGGUGGUAAACUGGUGCAAUAUGUGAAAACCACCAUUUUGUCCUUUAUUCUCAUUGUUUAAAAUGGGAAGAUAUAUCCAGUCCCCUUAGGUCCAUUUUGGUCGGAAUAAACUGAGUUGUCUCUUGAAGUUCUACUUCACUUCUUUAAUCCUAUUCAGAUCCAUUUUAAGACCCACUGACGAAUUGAGAUCUGUUGUUAGAAAAACACUACUCUAAGUAACUGCAACCCAUGGUCCACUUUGGCUUUCUCAGGUGGGAGGUCUGUAUCCCAGUAUCAGGAAAAUCACUUCAAAAUCACUUCAGAAGUUCAAACGGAAUUUCUGAGACCUCCUUCACCUGGCUGGGGGCCAUAAAAUAGCAAACUCCACCUGUUACUGUCACCUCAGAAAGUCAAAGCGGAGACACAGUGGAUAUCAACUGAUCAAUCCUUCUAAAGACAUCUCUUCAACAAACCUUUAAUAAUUUUCCUCCCCACACUUCCUUGCUUUGAUUGAUUAACCUGGGUCCUUAGAGUCAAGGAAACAAACAAUUCUACUUCUUGUAUAAAUCUACCCAUGGCACCUCACUUGGGAAGUUAAAAUCGCCUAGGAACUUCAGUUGUAACCUGAUGCUGAAGCUCUUCUAUGGAAAUGAAAUAUACAUAAGACUCAGGGAGGUGAAGGACUUUCUGAAGGUCACAAAGCCAGCAAAAGACAAAGCUAAGACCAAGUCUUCUGUCUUGCUAUAUCUGCUGCAUGAACAGUCUAUUACUAUAUUUGACCAACAUAUAUCACCUGAUCCCCUGCUUUGUCUUUCACUUGGUUCCCUGAGCUACCUCCAUGAAUCAGGCUCCCCUUUGAAUGGGAGAAUUAGAAUGGCCACUACCUUUCUUGGGUUGGUUGAGUACAUCUUAUCUUACAGAGCUACCUUGAUCAUUUUGCUUUUCUUCAUUAGUCUGUUCAUCUAAAUGGACAAUACCAAAGGUUACAAAUUUUCUGGGUUGGCACAGCAUAUUUCUUGUCCCAUAAUUAAGUUAGACAAUGUGUUCAUGUAACUAUGCAUACAAUGACUACAGACUAGAUUUUCUACAAAUUUUCUAGGUUUUCCAGGGAAGUCUAUGUUUCUAAUAAUCUUCUUUUUGCACCAUGCAUGCAUAUAUACUCAUUCAACUUUAUGACCUUAAUUUCCAUUUGGAAAAUAUGGCCCUCUUCCUCUUUCUAUGCCAGUGUCUUAGGAAUUGGAGCAUGGAUUAUGUCUAAUUCCUUCUUGGAUUGUACAGACAUUACAAUGUAAAGUAUAGUGGUGUGAUCUUAGCUCACGGCAACCUGCGCCUCUCAGGUUCAAGCAGUUCUUGUGCCUUAGCUUCCCUAGGAGCUGAGAUUACAGCCAUGAGCCACCACAUCUAGCUAAUUUUUGUAUUUUUAGUAGAAAUACAAAAUACACUCUUUCCUUGACAUAUUUAUCAAAACACCAUUUAAGCCAAGCAUUCUGCGGAUGGACUCAUUAUAUUUCAGAAACUUGAAGUAUUAAUGAUCUGUGGAAUGGUUUCCUCACCUGUUCCUCAAGGUUUACAUGACGUCCCUGACAUCAUACGCAAAGUUUUGUGCAUAUGACCAUUAUUCUGGGGAGAGUACAUAGUUUUUAUCAUACCAUUAAAAAUAUCUGUAACCCCAAAAGGUUUGGGGUAAGAAUAUGGUAACAAUACAGUAAGAAACAGAGAAAUGUCAAGUGCCCCGGAGUGUAUGUUUUUUUCAGGCUCUAUCUCUCCAUAAAAUUACUACACUGCUCUGAUCAUUCUACCUUUUACUCUGAGACUCUUAGUUUCUAAUAGGCAUGGCUCAACAACCCAUAUCUGCUGAACUUUCCCCUCACUCUGGCUCCAUCUCUAGGAAACCAAGGCAGCAAAAUCAAGAACUACAACUUGCUAAUGCAGGAGAGAGUUUCUCCUCACAGAGCAUACAUCUGGAGCACUGUAAUGGGAACUUGCCAAACCAUUGCCAGUAGUGAGAUGACAGUAUUGUAAGCUAAGAGAAGCAGGAACUAAAACUAAAAGAAAAAUAAUCUCUCAAUAUCUGGUAGAGGAAAGGUGUGAGGUUUCUUAGUGUGGUACUAAGGGAGGAAUUAACAGAUCAAUGGAGCUUGAAAAGAACUUGCAGGGGGCUGGGUUAAGAAAUGAUAGAAUGGAAAGUCAAAUGUGUUGAAGGACAUGUUAAGGGAUGAGGUGUGGAAACAUGAUAAUCAAUGGAUUAUCAUUGGGCCCAGUGGCUCCCAGACUCUAAGGAAUCAGCUCACAGACUGAGUUCUAACUUCAUCCUUAUGCCCAUAGUUGAGCGAUUCUCUUUCUCUCCACAGCUAAUAUCUCCGGGACACUUCUGGAGGAUAAGGUGAGUUUUAUUUCCCCACUGUUUUAUCUCCACCAUUACUUGCUGCCUCACACUCCCUCUCUGUUUCCACUUCUUUCUUCCAUUCCAGGAUGUCUCAGUUGUCUACGCUGA